AAAUUUCAUCUUAACAUUCUUAUUUCCUGAGUAGAAGUCCAGUUGCCCUCGUUUAUUUUAUUUUAUCAUGUAUUUCAUUUUGAUUUGUCCGUUUGCCGGUUUACUGCACUGGAAACAGAAAAUUACAAACGAUCGACGAAUUACGAGCGCUGUUGAGCAUCGGCGAGUCCUUCGAGAGGGGCCGAAACAUUCCAGUCAUUCAGUGAUUGUCGAUUCUUCGACUGGAGAAGUAGAAAACUUGCCUCCUCACUUUAUCAAAUUUUCAGCACUAGUUUACAGUUUUUUUUUUUCAUUCUGAAUUUAUCGAAAAUUUGCAUGUGGCGAGAGAACAGUCGAGGGUUUACUAUGAAAGUCAUUCAUCUAGGAUUUGUUUUGGUGAUUGUUUACUCUGUGGAUUGUCAGAGCAACCGUUCACCCCUCGCAGGAUAUGAUUACAUUCUGCGAAGCUGUACUUCAACGGCAGAAUUACUCAGGACUCACCGAAAAGCAGGAGCAGAUGAUAAAAUGAUCUCCACAAACAACGUGGCGCAAUCCAAAAGAGUUAAAGAUGCUUUUUCAUCUUUGAAGGAAAUAAUGAGUCUCAAUGGACGAGGAAAAAAGAGAAGGAUCGAAGAAACUCCACUGAAAACAAUCAGUAUUCGGAGGGCUGGCAAAAAUCACGCUCCUCUACCUUUCAUGAGAAAAGGAUUGUUCCCUGAGAUCCAAGCCGUCAGUGCACGUCAGCAGAAACGUCAGCGAGAUUCCGAGAUAAUAAUUAUUAAACCAAAAGAUUAAACCAUUCAGUAUCACCUCGUUCG